AUGGAAAAAACUACACCCAUUGUUGCAGCUAAAGCUGGGAUCAUUUCCAAUGGUCCAAAACGCUUCGGGCGAGGUGCUCCGGAAAUUCCAACUGCUUAUAAGAAUGACAAUAUAUGUUUUUGUAGUAGAGAAAAGGCAAUUGUUUUCUGUAGAGCUUGUGGAUUUUAUUGUCACGGAAGAAUUCGCAUAAGAUGCAAACAACAUCCACGUGUAAGCUUCUUAUUGGAUAUCACUGAAUGCCCUCGCUGUCACUCAUCAGUGUUCUUGGAAGAGCAUUGCGCAUCUUAA